GACACUUUUAAGCAUCGGCUAACCGUUAUCCUAGUCUCUUGACUACCGCGCUUCACACAGAUCAUCGGACUUCUCGAGGAUCCGGACCUUGAGCAAAUAAUGUAUUUCAUGCAAAAGUACGCCGUUGACGUCAUAUAUCAUAUCGUAGUCCUCAGUCGGGCCUACGCAGUACGUCCAGCCACUGUGCCAAGCCACCUAGAGUCAUCAGUGGCGAAAACCAUUCAGGAGGUGGCUGAGUCGGAUGAAAUAGUGUCGGAUGUACGUCGUCGGUUGUCAUUUGCUGCCUCGCUUUUUCUAUUCGUGAGAGAUGGAGAAUGCGCCGGGCUCAACUUCAUAAUACGUACUCGCGUGAAGCGCCCAGCCCCGUGCCCCGAGUGCCACUCAGCUUCCUUGACGGGUAGCAGGCCACCAUUAGAAGCCCAAACACGGUACUACAGUCUUCACGGACGGUGUCCACUUACAAUAGCCACACUUAACCUGCGUGUCAGUCGUUUCAAGUCGGACCGAGCCUUUAAUACGGAUUUGGGGACCCAAUCACGUUGCUGGACACGAGGCAUCGGAAAUCCUAGGGGGGAAAAGACAUCCCGCUACCCAAACAAACUGCUUGCGCGGAAUCGGGGAAAGGUAGUCUCUUACGAAAUACCAAGAAUGAAGCCUCAAACAGGGCCGACCACGUAUCCUGUAACUCAAAAGUCAUAAAAGGGGGUGGUUGAUGGAUGGGAAUGCGGAUAAGGCCGAACGACGGACGGGUCCAUUCCGAACUGGCGGCAAACGCGCCGAGAGUAGGAUCUGAGAUUUAGGCCAUUUUCUUCAUCUACUUUAAAUUCUACUAGCUU